AAUCUUGAUAACGAUCGAACGACGUCGUUUUAGCUGAGGAAGGCUGCUAGUCCCUUUGUAACGAGGUGGGGACGAUGGAGUCCUGAGACUCGGCACUCGGCAAUCCACUUCCUUUCCAGUUUUCUUCUGUCAUCACAUACGGCAGUAGUCUCAGCUGGGAAAAUGAUUUUGGCAAGUAUAAUUUUUAAAAUGUAAGGCAACGAGGUAUGGCAGCUUUAUUUGUGUAUUGAAUAUUAUCCCAUUCCCCCUCUUAUUAAUUGUACCUGCCAGGGAUUUCUUUGGUUGCUCAGAAUAUGUUCAGAAAGAAAAAAAGAAAAAAAAAAUUAAAAUUUUGUUUACUGAAAUAAUUUAAUUUUUUUAAAGCUAAAGGCAGGGAAAAAAAAAGAGAAAGAAAAAAAAAAAACAAUAAGAACAAUCAAUCUGACCAUUAUAUAUUUGUUAGGAUUAACUAAGAAUUGAUAUUUAUUAUUUUAACAAUAACAGAUUUAAAGAUGAAUUCAAAUUUGUUUUUUCUUUUCCUACAUUUCUUUUCCUGGGGUAAAGAUUGUAUUGGAAACCACAUUCUGUAAUGAGUUGUGAUGAUAUGGCUGUUAUUCAGCUGUUAAUCUUUGACCAGUUCCAAGUUAGAACGAAGUUAUGGAUCCUUCUGAAGUUAGGUAUUUCGAAGAUGAAGAUACUCCAACAGUGAAAACAAUGAAGGCUGCAACUACAGGUUUUGUUGCUGGAAGCAUUUGGGGGACCAUUGUUGCUACAUGGUAUGAUGUGCCUCGUGUGGAGAGGAGUGUUGCACUCCCAGGGCUGAUAAGGACUUUGAAGAUGAUGGGUAGCUAUGGAAUGACAUUUGCUGCAAUUGGAGGAGUUUACAUUGGUGUUGAUCAGUUGUUGGAGAAGCAUAGAAUGAAGAGAGACUCUAUCAAUGGAGCUGUUGGUGGGUUUGUCGCUGGUGCUUCUAUUCUUGGUUUUAAAGGAAGGAGCAUUUCAACAGCAAUUUCUGCAGGAACAGCACUUGCUGUCACUUCUGCUGUGAUUGAUGCUGGGAGUCAAACCACUAGAAUAGACACCGGUAAGGAGUACUACCCUUAUACCACCAAAAAAAGAACCUCUGUCAAUUGAUAACCUCUCCUUGCUGCCAUGGAUGAGGAAGAUGUUGGCAUGUCAAUCAGAGAGAUGAUUUUCUGUACUGGCUGUAUGUUUGUCUAUGGAGUUGUAAGCAUAUGUAAUUUUACUUCAAAGUUUUCAAGGCCGCAAAGGAUGAUUUGAAUAAGUAUGCCUCUUUCAUUUUUUCCUCAACAGUAUGUUAGUAGAUGAUGUUUAUCGGUUUGAGAGCAUUCUACUGCUUGUGAUUAUUGACAUGAAAAUGAGGGUGAAAGUUAUCCUUAUUCUGCUUCCUGGAAAAUGUGGAACUGAUUUUGUGGUGGAGAAUGCAUUUUCCUUCCAACAUUUUUUGAAGGAUUGCAAUCCUAAGCAUAAUUAUUGAAAUUCAAUGCCCUGACAUAGUUAAUCCA